AUGUCGGGGGACAUAGCCCUAGGUGGAGACGCUGCAGCUCACUCUAUUCCAAAAUCAGGGGUCCGGCCCUCCGUUCCCCAUUUCUUUCCAGGAUUCCUCGUGCUCUUGCCGCCGACCGAGAUUCGCGAUUCUCCCCUCGCCGGCCGUCUUCCCCGGGACUGGCGGCUGCUCCGUCGUGCAGCCUUGCCGCAGUACCACCAGUCAGCUUCGUCGUGCUGCUCCCGCGCAGCUACAGUACGCCGUCGCACGGAAUCACAACAAUGGCCGCCGGGAAAACUCAAGAGCAGACAUUUUACCGGUGUGCCACGGUGCCACAGACGGCUCACGGGCAGACGCAGGAGCCAGACGCGGGCGGGAACCGUCACCGUGGACGAAACGGGCUCGUCCUCCAGUAGCACACCUCACGCCGCCGAGCGUGGCGUCCAGGAGGAGGGCGGCGGCGCCGCCUGCGACGACUGCGCAUUGGCAGAUGUCCGGCUCGACGAUCUUGGCCUCGUUGUUGGGCGAUAGCAGCUCGGCCUCGUCACGCUGCUGCUGGCGCGGGAGCUGCUCACGCACUCUGCCUCGGCCGCGGCCGGCAGCAAGGAGCAGGGCGUGAGAAAAAAAUGUCGCCGCCCAAGGGGACAACGGCGAGGGUGCACGCGCUGCUUGCUUUGGCGGUGGACGCCGACGAUGCGCUGCCGCUGCUUGACCUAAAGGAUCUGGCGCUGGACCGCAUGCUCGUUGCUCGAGGAGUUGAACCCAGUGUCGCUUGCCGCCAUGGCGUGCGUCUGCGCGGGGCUCAGGGAGCGCUGCUCCAUGGUCAGCCUCUGGGCGCGCCCCGUCCGGCGGAAAUGGGGUCGCGUGUUCGGCGUCGCCGCGUGCAAGGAGUGGGAGGCGGAGCUGGGCGACAGAGACGCGGCCGCCGCCCACCCACGCCCGACCAGGCGAAGGAGCUGUGUAGACUCUCUGGCCUGCGCGUGGUCGUUCACCUGGAUAAGGAGCCGUUGCAUCAAGGAGGGCACGGCCGCCCUGCCGCCCAUACGACAGCUGCGCCGUUGGCCGACACGGUAGCCGCGUGGUACCGCGCGCUCUAGUGCGGCGAGUUCUGGUUCCCAGCCCAGGUUCUAGAACAUCAUGCUGCGACGGGUCCGUGCUCAUCUUGUUUGAUUCUGAUUUGGUUGGACAGUCGGUCAACCCCUCUUAUGUACUGUCUCUUGAGAUGUUCUGUAAGAUGUCUUGUGUCGAUGUUUACUCACGCGUAAGCAUUUCGUAAUGGUAAAUGAAAAUGCCUUGCAAAGUUGCAAGUCUGGUCUUUGAUA